AUGGAUCAACAACUUAUUUUGGAUGUAAUUGAGCUUGUCUCCUCCGACGAUGAAAGUGUUGUUGGAACUAGCAAACCAGCAAUACCUGAUAUUUAUGAAAAAAUAAAUUUAAGUAGAAUAUAUUACAUUCAGUCGGAUCGUCAAAAUAUUAUAUUUCCAGGGUACAAUAGAGAGGUUUUUGCAGAACUAGUAAAUUAUAUUUCUAGCAAAAAAAAAAAUGAUAAGUUACAAUGUCAUCAUUCUAUUUUUUGUACAAUGGGAAAUUUAUUAAGUGUAUUUAAUCCAUAUCUAUGGAUGACAGAUUCAUCACUUGAACAUUAUUUUAGUCUUUUAGCAAAAAGCUGUAGAGAUCAAUUAAUACUGAGCUUACCACCAGUUUUUUUUAAGGAUCUCAUAAGAGGUGGGUUUGACAAAGCUGCCAAGCCAAUGAGAGCCACAAUAAAAAAUAUAUUUGCUUAUGAUAAGGUUAUUACUCCCACACACCUGGAGGGUAAUCACUGGACAUUGACUGUGCCGGCUGAUGAACAACAGUUGGAAUGGGCAUUAAACUUUGGAGAAUCCCCGUUCCAAAAUAAUACGUCUGAUUGUGGUGUAUUUACAUGCACAAAUGCCAGACAUGUUUUACUGGGAAAACCAUUAUACUACACCCAGGAUGAUGCCCCACUUUUACGCCACAGAAUCACGUAUGAAAUCUUGCAUAAUGUGUUGUUACCAACUCCGGAUAUUUCAUAA